GUAUUUAAUGCCCACCGGCUGCUUGCUGUCACAACAGUAUCAAUUGAACCUGCGCCAGAGCCAUUGGCGAUAAGUGCGUAUUGGCGAUCAGAAUCGCUGUAGACAAGCAGAGUGUCAUCCAUCUGUACAUUAUUGUUUCCGUGUUAUCAAAAUACCACUUGUGAACGAAUGACGACAAUUGCGCGACCACGGCACGCAGUAUAAUUCGAUCGAGUGUCGUCUACUUUUGUAAUGUGAAGUUUAACCCCCACUUCGGACACCUGUUAGAGUAAUGAUAAUAUAACUGUGAACCCAAAAAAAAACGCCAAAAAACCAGACAAAGCAGCAUUGCCUCCCCAAAAAGCCCUACUUUUGUCCUUAUCCAGUGUGUGAGACAGUGAUUUAUUUGUUUGACGCAUCAAAUGCUGGACAACAAUUUCGAAACGCUUUGUUUGCUAAUGAAAUGACCGGUUUGGAGACUAGCAAUUGUUCCCGUGUCUGAUAAAUUGUUGAAAAAAAAGAACCUUUCGGUGCGUAAAAGAAGUGAUCGUUUAAUGGAUAAGCUGUUCCUAUGAUCUACUGCCAAAAUAUGGACAAAGUGAAAGACUUUUACUUGUGUGUCACUGCCAUAGCGCUCACCCUAACGUACGUUGCCGUGGACAGUAAAGCAUGUGACUCAGUGCCCUAUGUGACACGCGAUUUCUGGAAUGCUCUGCCACCGAAACGGGUUGAACAUUUUGCCGGUCCGAUCCCGUACGUCAUCAUACAUCAUUCGUACACACCGGCGGCAUGUUAUAACGGUCUGCAGUGCAUUGCGGCAAUGCAACAGAUGCAGAAAAUGCACCAGGAAGUUCGCCAAUGGAACGACAUCGGAUAUAGCUUUGCUAUCGGUGGUGAUGGACGUGUGUACCAGGGCCGAGGAUUCAACGUAGUCGGUGCCCAUGCUCCAAGAUACAACGAUCGUAGCGUUGGGAUCUGUCUAAUAGGCGAUUGGGUUUCGAAUUUGCCACCGAAGAAUAUGCUUACUGCAGCACAAAAUCUGAUCGAGUACGGAGUUCGCAAUUCACUCAUAGCGCAGAACUAUACCCUGCUCGGCCAUCGACAAGUGCGUUCCACCGAAUGUCCAGGCGAUCGGUUGUUCGAGGAGAUCAAAACGUGGCCCCAUUUCAACCCAAUGACGGACAUUGUGGAUCAGAAUAAUGUUUAAAAAGGUUCAUAAAUCGAUUCCAAGUAUUUGUUUUACUCUUGAAACCCCAUAAUAGCUUACUUACUACGUGCGUUAAUUAUUCUACCUCGUGCAAACAAUAAACACAUCAUAUGUUCCUAAUUUGUUUUAUAAGAAAAUAAAAAGAUCGCAAACAUAA